CUACUACUAGAGUUUAAUUCCAGGAAGUGAGUAUAGUCCACUUGGCAAGCCAGUUGUGAAAUCUGGUGCUGCGCUACAAGCUUCAGGUGAGGCUGUGUUUGUGGAUGAUAUUCCAUCACCACCAAAUUGUCUGCACGGAGCGUAUGUUUAUAGUGAAAAACCAUUGGCAAGAAUAACAAGUAUGAAACUCAGGCAAGAAUUGGAACUUGAUGGAGUGAAGGGUAUCAUUUCAAGUAAAGACAUUCUGAAUGGUGGGGUGAACCUUGGAGCAAAGAUUAUAUUUGGAAGCGAGCCUCUAUUUGCCGAAGAGAUUGCUCAAUGUGUCGGUGAUUGUCUUGCCUUUGUGGUUGCAGAUACUCAGAAACUUGCAGAGUUUGCUGCAAAUUCCGCUUUUGUUGAAUACAGUAUUGAAAAUCUUGAACCACCUAUCCUAAGUGUUGAAGAUGCUGUUAAAAAAUCUUGA